ACUUCUGCUUUGGUGAGGCGGGUGCAGAAAGCAGGAAGUGCAGAUCUCAGGGCUAAAGGUUGAAGGUCUGCUCACUGCAGACCGUGCUGCUGAAGCAAGGGGAAGAUUGGUGAAGCCUGGGGGUGAAUUACAGAUACAGCAAUGAUCACUCCACAUCACGGGAGACUGGGUUCCCCGUUACAACUCUAGUGCCAGAUAUUUUCAUUUACAGGAUUCAGCUACCUGCCCAAGCAAUAUGAAGAUUUUUUUUAUAGAACCAGCAAUUUUCCUUAGUGCAUUUGCUAUGAGUUUGGCCCCACCACUGACAACACAGUAUGUUUAUAGGAGAAUAUGGGAAGAAGCAAGCAACCACAGCAUUGCAUUUCAAAGCAACAUUUCUGAGUGUCAAAAAAAUAAAAGCAACCCCAUUUUUGCACUCCAGGAGGAAGUUCAGAAAAAAGCAUCUCUUUUUAGUCUGCAGGUGGACAUAAGUGGGUUGAUUCCUGGGGUAGUGGCCACAUUCCUACUUCUGUCUCACAGUGAUCACCAAGGACGGAAACUGCCUUUGGUCUUGUCGUCUCUGGGUACUCUUGCCAGCACUGUUUGGCUCUGUUUGCUGGCCUAUUUUGCCUUGCCUUUCCAGCUUUUGAUUGCAUCCACCUUUAUUUGUGCCCUUUGUGGCAAUUAUACCACAUUCUGGGGAGCCUGUUUUGCCUACAUAGUGGAUCAGUGCAAAGAAAAAAAACAGAAAACAAUUCGAAUCGCUAUCGUGGACUUCCUACUUGGACUUACUACUGGACUGUCGGGACUGUCUUCUGGCUAUUUUAUUCGAGAACUAGGUUUUGUGUGGUCAUUUCUAAUUCUUGCUCUGGCUAAUGGUAUUAACUUGAUCUACAUUUUAUUUUUCCUCGGCACGCCCAUUAGAGAGACUCCAUCUCAGAAUGCUUCCAUGUCAUGUAGCGAAGCCUUUAAAAACCUCUUUUACAGAACUUACAUGCUCUUUAAAAACACUUCGGGUAGGCGAAAGUUUUUGCUCUGUUUGUUACUUUUUACGAUGGUCACUUAUUUUCUCGUGGUCAUCGGCGUCUCCCCAGUUUUUAUCCUUUACGAAUUGGAUUCACCGCUCUGCUGGAAUGAAGUUUUCAUAGGUUACGGGGCAGCUUUGGGGAGUGCCUCUUUUGUGACCAGUUUCCUAGGCAUAUGGAUUUUCUCGUACUGUAUGGAAGAUAUCCACAUGGCCUUCAUUGGACUUUUUACCACCGUGGGUGGAAUGGUUAUGACAGCUUUUGCCAAAACAACCCUGCUGAUGUUUCUAGUCAGGCUGCUGUUCAUUUUUACGAUUAUGCCGCUCUCUGUUCUACGGUCCAUGUUGUCCAAAGUGGUUUGUUCCACCGAACAAGGCACCCUGUUUGCGUGCAUUGCUGUCUUAGAAACACUGGGUGGAGUCCUUGCAGUUUCUGCUUUUAAUGGCAUUUAUGCAGCCACUGUUGCUUGGUAUCCUGGCUUCACUUUCCUUCUCUCUGCAGCUCUGCUACUGAUUCCAGCCAUCAGUCUAUGUAUUAUCAAGUGCACCAACUGGAAUGAGGGGAGCUAUACACUUCUUGUACAAGAAGAACCUGGGGAAGACACUUCAGACAGAUGAUUAACAGUGAUAAAAAAAAAAAAAAACUGAAUGCUGUGACUUCUGGAGAAUGUAAACUAACUCCAUACUCAAUGCCUCAUUAAUACACAUGUCCUCUCUUCUAAUCGCAACAGUCCGAGAAAAGCUCCUAGCCUUUGCUUGUCAUGGUACCAUGCACUGGGAGCACUUUGUGAAUAUCAUGGUCAUGUAUAUCCAAUAAGGAGCCCUUGUGGCACAGUGGUUAAAGCACUCAGCUGCUAAGCAAAAGGUUGGCAGUUCAAACCCAGCAGCCACUCCAGGAGAGAAAGAUGCAGCAGUCUGCUUCCAUAAAGAUUACAGCCUUGCCCUGGAAGCUCUACAGGGCAGUUCUGCUCUGUACUAUGCAGUUGCUGAGUCAGAAUCGACUCAAUGGCAGUAGGUUUGGUUGUUUGGUUUGAGUAUAUCCAAUAGGUAAAACCAAACCAAACCUGCUGUCGAGUCGAUCAGGACUCAUAGCAACUGCAUAGGACAGAGUAGAACUGCCCUGUAGGACAGAGUAGAACUCCCCAAGUCUGUAAUCUUUAUGGAAGCAGACUGCCAAAUCUUUCUCCCUUGAAGCAGCUGGUGGGAUCAAAUCUGUGACCUUUUGGUUAGCAGCCGCACGCUUAACCACUGCGCCAGAAGGGCUCCUAUUCAGUACACAGAAGACCAAAUCUCAAAAUACUGUCCACUUCUGGACUUAAAAAAGAAACGGAAAUUUAAAGAUAUAAGGAGGGAUUUGAAAACUUGAUGAGGUCAAAAGCAAUAAUCUCUUACAUAAUCCAGUCUCACAUAGAGUCAAAGGAGGACUCUUUACCUCAGUUUCUGUAUCUUCAAAAUGGGUUACUGACCUCUCAGAGAUUUUGAGAGUGUAACUAAUGGAAAUGAUGAUGCAUCACUGAUAGGAAAACAACAAUAGACAUUUGAAAAAUCUAUAAAAGAAUCUUACCUAUACUUGAAUAAUGCUUUGUUUUAUAGAAAUGGAGUUUUUAAAAGCACUUUAGAGACAUUUAUUUUUCACUUUUCCUAGUAUGUUUCAUUAAUGAAAGACAUGAUGAUAUUUCUGUAGUAACACAGGGGUGAUUGGAGAAAAAAUACAAAAUUAUAAAUAAAAUUGUUUCUAAAGAAAUUCUAAAACUGAGUACACAGCUCAUCAUUAUGUAAAGUAACAAUGUUAUAACACCAGCAUUCACUCCAUAUUUCAGGAGGAGGACAGCCACAUUGCAUAACCCCUAGCAAGGAGUUCUGUUCCUAGCUAGUCCCACAGUGCUGCUCCUGGCUAGUCCCACAGUGCUGCUCCUGGCUAGUCCCACAGUGCUGCUCCUGCCUAGUCCCACAGUGCUGCUCCUGCCUAGUCCCACAGUGCUGCUGCUGGCUAGUCCCACAGUGCUGCUCCUGGCUAGUCCCACAGUGCAGCUCCUGGCUAGUCCCACAGUGCUGCUCCUGGCUAGUCCCACAGUGCUGCUCCUGGCUAGUCCCACAGUGCAGCUCCUGGCUAGUCCCACAGUGCAGCUCCUGGCUAGUCCCACAGUGCAGCUCCUGGCUAGUCUCACAGUGCUGCUCCUGGCUAGUCUCACAGUGCUCUAGUUCAUCCUUCCCACUGCGUUGAGAAGGGUACAGGCUGUCCCCAGGGCUACGAAUGUCCAAUUUACAGACAACUCAUACUUAAGAAUGGACUGCCAUUCUUAAAACUUUGAGUUAAAUACAUUAGUUCAUAAUGGCGAGUGCACUCACUGCUUUGUGACGCCUGUGAAAACAUUGCAUGGUUUGGAAUCACUUCUUAAGUGCUUUAUAUGCAUAGAAAGGUCAAACACCUACUACAUGCUAAGACAAACAUUUGACUAACUGACCUUAUGUAAGAACCUCAAAAUCACCAACAUGCUGGAGCCCGUCAUUUCAACUACUGUGCCAGUCCAUCUCACUGAGGGCCUCCCUCGCCCUCGCUGACCCUCUACUUCACCAAACACGAUGUCCUCUUCCAGCGAUUGACCCUCCUGAUGACUGUCCACAGCAAGCAAGCCGAACAAUGUUCUGCAAUAGCCACUCAUGGGCUUGAAAUUACUGAGAUUCUACAUGAAACCAAAAACCAAACCCAUUGCCACCAAGUCGAUUCUGACUCAUAGCAACCCUAUAGAACAGCGUAAGACUGCUCCAUAGGGUUUCCAAGGCUGUAAUCUUUAAGGAAGCAGACUGCCAUAUAUUUCUCCCCCGUGGAGCGCUGGUGGGUUCAAACCGCGAACCUUUUGGUUAGCAACCAAGCACUUAAACCACUGCACCACGAGGGCUCCUUGAGAUUCUACAUAGCUGGGUUUUAUAUGUAACAGAUUAUAAAUCCAAAAGCAAGAAUUAUGUAUAGUAUGAAAUAACCUCAAACACAUUAGCACUUUCUGUACCCAACAAAUUGUAUAAUAUUGUUCUUGAGAGUAGAUAAGAUGGUCUAUGAAGUUAAACAAGGUGUUCGGCAUUCCAUGAUUUUAUACAUUUCAUUUGAGGAGGGCACAGAUGGUGUUGUUUAACACAGUUGAAGGACUAGCAGAUGGCUUCUCAGUUGAGCAAAAGCUCUAUUUGAGAUGCAGUGAAUAUAUCUGGGGACAGGACUGAGGUGCCCAGAAUCAAAAUAUAGCAUGAAUGAGCUUAGCCAUCUCCCGAGGUGUCCCAUCCUAGGACAGACAUGUAUGUGCGACCUUAGGAGACUAGAAACACUCAGGCUGAUUGGAGAGUAUACUCGACAGAAACCAAAAACAUAAGCUAUAAUCUAAUCUCCUGAAAUGCAACCUGAUUGUCUGAAGAAAGUAUUAACAGAAGGAUAGUCAUGGUCUCUAUGAAGUCCAAAUAUAGGGAGUUAAAAGAGGAAAAACGUGUUCCUUGUAUCCAGCACCGUUCAAGAGAAGUUAGAUAGACCAGAUCUAAUGUAAAUGAGGAAACCCUGGUGGUGUAGUGGCUAAGCACUACGGCUGCUAACCAAAAGGUCGGCAGUUUGAAUCUACCAGGUGCUCCUUGGAAACCAUGGGGCAGUUCUACUCUGUCCUAUAGGGUUGCUAUGAGUUGGAAUCAACUCGACGGCAAUGGGUUUGGUUUUGUUUUUUUUUAAUGGAAAUGAAUAUUUUCACAAAAGAAGUGAACUUCUCUUUCCAUGAGGCUGGACGACUCAAUAGAAUCGUCCAUAGCGUGUACUGCACAGCCUCAAAACCGUCCAAUUCCUUUUCCUCACUCCUGAGUUCACCACUACCUGUCUGUCAGCCUGUCGUGCGGUGGUGCCUUGCAUGUUGGUGUGAUUCUGGAAGCUAUGCCACCAGUAUUUCAAAUACCGGCAGGGCCACCAAUGAUGGACAAGUUUCAACAGAGCUUCCAGGCUAAGACAGACUAGGAAGAAAGGCUUGGCGAUCUACUUCUGAAAACGUUCACAAGAGAACAUUGUCUGAUUUGCUCACUUUGGGCACAUCAUCAGGAGGGAUCAGUCUCUAGAGGAGGACGUCAUGUUUGGUGAAAUAGAAGGCCUAUGAGGGCGAAUAACACCCUCAAUGAAAUGGAUUGGCCCAGUAGCCUCAAUGAUGGACUGAACCAAGGGGAUUAUACAGGACUACACAAUAUUUUGUUCUGUUGUACAUACGGUUGCCAUAAGUUGAGUUGACUUGAUGGCAGCUCUCUCUCUCUGAUGGUUGAGAUUGUGUAUCAACUUGGCUGGGCCAUCAUUCUCAGUGUUUUGGCAGUCGUAUAAUGUUGUGACCACUUCCCUGUUGAGAUUUGGUAUGUGAUCAUCCCCACGAUGGAAUCUGCAGUGAGUGGUACCGGCGGGUGCAGGGCCUGUGGUGGCUCACGGCCCCCUCAGCCUUCAUCUCUCCGCCCUCUGCCACCUAAUCCUUCCUGCUGUCUUUGCUGGGGCUUUUGUUUGUUCUGGAUCCUGCAGCUGGCUCCUGUUUAUCUGACCUCCAGUUCUUGGGACCUGAGCUAGCACCUUAGUCCUGGCCGCCAAUCUUGAGAUUCAUUGACCUUCACAGCCUGUAAGCAAUGGCCCUGCUCCUCGGCCCUGCUGAUCUUGGGUUCACCACCCCUGCGGCUAUGUCAGUCAAGAGAAGCCUCUUUCUUGCCUCAAGGACUUGGAACGUUACAACCUCUCUAAAAGUUACUUCAUAUGCAUGCAAAAGCAGGACAAUGAAUAAGGAAGACUGAAGAAUUGACGCCUUUGAAUUGUGGUGUUGGCAAAGAAUAUUGAAUAUACUAUGGACUGCCAGAAGGACAAACAAAUCUGUUUUGGAGGAAGUACAGCCAGAAUGCUCCUUAGAAGCAAUGAUGGUGCUGUCGAGUCGGUUCUGACUCAUAGAAACCCCGUGAACAACAGAACGAGACACUGCCUGGUCCUGCGCCAUCCUCACAAUCAUUGUUAUGCUGGAGCCCGUUGUUGCAGCCACUGUGUCAUGGAGGGGAAAAGGGGGAAAACCUGCUUUACCCAGGCUUGUCAGCCAUCAAAUGUAGGUAUUACAUACACAUGCAGUAUGACAGAUCACUUUUGUGUGUGACCUUUCUAGCCAUGGUCUUGUAACUUCCACCCAGGUGACUGCACAGGACUGUGUGAUAGGCUCACCAAAGGGACUGGUCAGUUCUGCCACCCUGCCGAGCUUCAAAUGAGAUACCACAGAGGUGGGAAAGAGGAAACCACCACCAAGGAAGGAGAGACUGGCAGGAGAGACGCGCAACAGAGACCUGCAGGAGAUGGUGCAGUAGGCUUCCCAACCCAUAGAGCAAGAAAGCUUGGUGCCUACAGGCAGAGACUACAGGCCAGGGAGAGGCAUGGCUGCGAGCAUGGCCGGGGAAAGGCUGUUCUGAUGAAAGAACUGUAUCCUGAGUGUUCCUGAGCCCCAACUGUAACCUGCUACUUCCCUAAUAAACCCUCUAAUUGUGAGUAUGGUCUGUGAGUUCCGUGUGGUCGUUGCAAUGAAUUAUCAAACUCAGCAGAGAAGUAGAGAGUGCCGUGGGAGGGACAGCUGGCAUCAGAAUUGGUAAAGAUGGAGGAGAGAGGAGGUUUGUCUGACCGUUGCCUCGUAGGGAUCAGCCUUGGGCUGUUGAUCUUGAUUCUCCUCCUCCCUUGUGGAUUUAGAGGAGGUCAGACACUGCCCCCGUGCCGUUUUCACAACAUAUUAAUGUAAAUCUUUCGCAGGGGGGUUGGGGGUGUUGGAAACACAUCAUUCCAUGCAAAGCUAUAGAACGGCACCUAAACAUGGUGGAGAAAGCACAAGCUGUGCAGACAGACAGACCUGGAUUCAAAUUCUGACUUUACCACUUAACCAAUCAUACGGCUCUGACCCAUCUCCCUGUCGAUUCCCUC